AUGAUUCUGCCGUUGGAUCGUCUGUCACUGGUAUCAGGAAAGCUCUUGGUGAGAGAGUGAUUGCGUCUCCAUCAAAAAAAUUUCGGUUCAGAAGGAAGUUUUGGUUAUAUCAAAGGAGCUGGAGGAUCGUCUUUAUCUCUGGGACCCUUGCUACUUCCACGUACCUUUGGCCUUCAGUUUUGUUAUUAUUCCGCAAGCUUCGGAACCGAGUUUGCUGUCAAGCUUCACGUCAAAGAUGGAGAAGGCGUUCAGUAUGUAGUGACUUUUUAUUUUUAUAAAAAAAUUUUUUUGAUUUAGACUUUUUCGCUUCCCAUCCCCUUAACCGAUUCUCUCACGAAUGGAUUUGCCGGAGAGUUUUUCUUGAAGUUAAUGGAACUGUGAGUGUAAUUCGAUUAUGUAAAUUAAUUCGAAAACUUUUUUAGUUGGAGUUCAAAGUUUCGAAUAUGAGGAACAAACAUUCGUACUUUGGUCUCGACCAAAUUGCGCUGAUCGACCCGACGACCGGCACUGGCGCCUGCGUCAAUUAA